AUGGAUAGUACCAUUAAUCAAACUUCAGUUAUUCGUCAUGGUCUUGUUGUUUUCUAUGAUUUUUCAAAUCAUCAUAUACUUUUUCAACAAUUUCUAUGGUUAUAUUCAUCAUGGCUUCAAUUACGUAAACAUACUUAUAUUCAAAAUGAUCUUAUUUUAUUUAUUUCUUCAUCUAUAAUACCUAAUGAUUUUAAAAAACUUAAAAAUAUAACUAAAAAUUUAAAUAAUAAAAAUCAAUUUAUUAUUUAUCCAUGUGUAACAUUAAUUGAUUCAAUAUUAAAUAAAAAUUAUAAAAUUUUAAAUGAUUUUUCAAUACAUUUUCAUAUGGAACUUGCACGUUUAUUUUAUUGGCAACAAACACAUCUUUCAUCAUUAUUAUUAUUUCUUAUUAAUGAAUAUAAAAAUAAAUUAUUAAUCUAUGAUUAUAUAUUUCGUUUAGAUAUUGAUUCAUUUUUAAUGUCAAAUUUUCGUUUUUAUCAACAAACAUCAUCAUUUAUACUUGGUGAAACUAUACCUUAUGAUCAAUAUACAUUAAAUAGAUUAGAAAGAAUACAAAAAUAUUUUUAUUCAAAAUCAAAAUCAAAAAUAAUGAAACAAUCAAUAACAAUAAGUUGGUUUGGUCGUUUAAAUUUAAUCAGUAAAUUAACACGUCAAAUAAUCUUAAUGGCUCUAUGGUUAAUUAAAGAAGAAUUUACUGAAUCCGAACGUUUACAUCAUUUAACUUAUUUAAAUUAUCCAUCAUGGUAUAUUGAUGGAAUAUUUGAAUAUGCAACAGCUAUUAUUCUAUCACUUAAUCAAUAUGAAAAAUAUUAUCAAAAAACUUCUCAUCAAUUUGAUUGUCAUCAUUUACUAACCAAUUGUCUUCAUAUAUCUUUUCGUGAUCCAUCACAUCAUUUACAUUUAUCUAAACAUUCACUUUAUUUAUUAACAACUUUUAAUCAAAGUAAUUUAACAAAUAAUGAAUUAUAUAUAUAUAGAACUGUGAUUAAAUCCAAUGGAAUGUUUCAAUUAUAUUUUUCAUAG